GCUUUUUUUUAGGGGAAAUAAAAAAAAACAGAAGAGAGAGAAACCUCUUUGCCUCUCUUCUCUUCUCUUCUCUUGGCGAUGAAAGCUAGGAAGAAGAAGAAGAUGAGAAACCCGAAUCUUCAUCUUCAUUGAGCAACUUGCCUCUACCUUCAGUCACUCUCAUAACAUUGUUGGUUUUUUUUUAAUUAAUAUUAUUCCAUUCUCUCUUUCUCUUCAAGCUUUCUCUCUCUCUCUAGAUAAAUAGAAAAACCCCAUACCCUUCUCCUUCUCAUGUCUCAGUCUCAUAACCUAUUACCGUUAUAUCUCAAUUACGACGUCGUUUAUUCACAAUGCCAAACUCAACAGAGAAUACCCAUCUCCUUGCCCACUUGAUCAACUCUCACCCCUCCCAUUGUUUCUUCCCUGGAGGAGGCUUAUUCGUCGACCCUUCUUACUCUCUUCCUCCUUCCCUCGUUUCCUUCAUUUCCUCAAAGACCCGUUUUGAGUCGGAUUCGGAUCCGGGUUUGGACUCCGUCUCGGUUUCUUGUGCUUAUCGGGGUGGUCAUCGCCGGAAAACGGUGCGUUUUGAGGGGUUGAGAGGUGGGAAGAGUUGUGGGUUCUUCUUGUCGGUGAGUUUGUCGAUAAAGAAGAGCGAAGAGGGGUAUGGUCGUGAAUCCACGGAUGAUGUUUUGGGGCAAAAUGAAAAUAGGAAUGGGAUUUCGGAGGUAGAAGAGGCGGUGGUGGUUUACGAGCAUGGUGAGAAUGAGACCGUACGGAGAGUUAAGGAGAAGGGAUCAGGUGCUUUGAAUACAACUAAGCAUCUCUGGGCUGGAGCUGUUGCUGCCAUGGUUUCAAGGACAUUUGUUGCACCUCUUGAGAGACUAAAGCUGGAAUAUAUAGUUCGUGGUGAGCAGAAGAACCUUUUUGAGCUCAUUCAGACUAUUGCAUCUUCUCAAGGGGUUAGAGGUUUUUGGAAAGGUAAUUUUGUGAAUAUUCUCCGUACGGCACCAUUCAAGGCUAUCAAUUUCUAUGCCUAUGAUACAUAUAGAAGCCAUUUGAUGAAAAUAUCUGGUAAUGAGGAGUCCACGAAUUUCGAUAGGUUUCUUGCUGGAGCUGCAGCUGGGAUAACAGCUACCAUUCUUUGUUUGCCUAUGGACACUAUUAGAACAAGGAUGGUAGCUCCUGGUGGCGAAGCCUUAGGAGGCGUAAUUGGUGCUUUUCGCCAUAUGAUUCAAACUGAAGGCUUCUUCUCGCUUUACAAGGGUCUAGGCCCCUCAAUUGUAAGCAUGGCACCUUCUGGUGCUGUGUUCUACGGUGUUUAUGAUAUAUUAAAAACAGCAUAUCUUCAGUCACCUGAAGGGAGGGAAAGACUAAAACAUAUGAAACAAGAAGGUCAGGAACUGAAUGCUUUGGAACAACUAGAAUUGGGUACUGUCAGAACAUUGCUGUAUGGAGCAAUUGCUGGAGUUUGCUCCGAAGCUGCUACUUACCCAUUUGAAGUUGUGAGGAGACAACUUCAAAUGCAAAACCGGGCAACAAGGUUAAGUGCAUUCUCAACUUGUGUGAAAAUUGUCGAGCAAGGAGGCGUUCCUGCUCUCUAUGCUGGAUUAGUCCCCAGCUUAUUACAGGUUCUACCGUCAGCUGCCAUUAGUUACUUUGUGUACGAGUUCAUGAAGAUUGUUCUCGAAGUGGAGUCCACGUGAUACAUAUGAUUCCUAGUCAAGAGCGGGCACAUUUUUUUGUUUCUUUUAAAGAAAGAAAUUUAGUUCAUGAGAUGAGAUAUAUUUUUAUGAAAAUACUUUUGAGAGAGUUUGAGUUUGGGGUUUAUGAAACGAUUGAAAUAAGAUGGUUGGAAGUAAGUAAUGGUCCAUUUUGUCC